AAUCGAAAAUUAUGUUAUGACGAAAACAAUAACAAUGUUAGCAAACGAGUACAAAGGUAGCGAUCGCAACUUGUUUUUGGCAAUAUAUCAUUCAUAGACGUUAAGUUUAUUUUAACAAACAUGCCCAUCGAUAAUAGAGAGCUGAUGCAAGCUAUUGCAAUUGUUGCCGACGAGCGGAACAUACGUGUAGCUAUAAAGCAAACUGGAAAAGGCACAGCAGUUUGCGCAGCAUGCUGUUUUGCUGGUGGCUUACUAAUGGGACCUGUGGGCAUGGCUGUCGGUGGUGCAGCAGGAGGAAUUGCAGCCUAUAAAAUGACAAGUGGUACCUUCAAGCCACUGGGAGAAGUGAUAUUAAACGAUUUAACAGAUACUCAACGCGAGCAAUUGGUGCGGCAUGUCACAAAAGCAGUUGCUGAUGUUCAUCCCACAGAUCUGGUGGUGCUGAUACCAUUAAUCACUGGAAACGCCACAAUACAACAGGCAGUACUCAAUACGAUAAUGUCAUUUGUCACCAAUGAACUGCGCAUGCAGAUUGUUGAUUAAAUAUAUUGUUACAUUAAGCAAUUGGGGUACUUAGAUAAUAUGUAUGUACAAAGAUUUAUAAAUAAAUGUAUAUAUGCUAUG